CUACCUCGGCGCUUGCUGGGCAGCCCCAGCCAGAACGAGCCGGAGGUGGCGCCGACUCCGGCAAGCCGGGAGGUGGGGCGGGCCGCGCGGCGCAGGAGCUGAGCAUCGCCCGGGUGGGCGGCAGGGCCGCGGCCUCUGCAUCGCAGCACCACCUGUCGCGGGGCGAGACGUCCGGUGAAAGGAAAGAUGUUAUCCAGGUUAAGAGCAGUUGCCAGGCCUGGCACUUCGGCACGUCGUCAUUUGCACAUAAAAGAAAAAGGCAAGCCACUUAUGUUGAAUCCAAGAACAAACAAGGGAAUGGCAUUUACAUUACAAGAACGACAAAUGCUUGGGCUUCAAGGACUUCUACCUCCCAAAAUAGAGACACAAGAUAUUCAAGCCUUACGAUUCCAUAGAAACUUGAAAAAACUGAAUAGCCCUUUGGAAAAAUACAUCUAUACAAUGGGAAUACAAGAAAGGAAUGAGAAAUUGUUUUAUAGAGUACUGCAAGAUGAUAUCAAAAGUCUAAUGCCAAUUGUAUAUACACCAACAGUUGGUCUUGCCUGCUCCCAGUAUGGACACAUCUUUAGAAGACCUAAGGGAUUAUUUAUUUCAAUCUCAGACAGAGGUCAUGUUAGAUCAAUUGUGGAUAACUGGCCAGAAAAUCAUGUUAAGGCUGUUGUGGUGACUGAUGGAGAGAGAAUUCUGGGUCUUGGAGAUCUGGGUGUCUACGGAAUGGGAAUUCCAGUAGGAAAACUUUGUUUAUAUACAGCUUGUGCAGGAAUACGGCCUGAUAGAUGCCUGCCUGUGUGUAUUGACGUGGGAACUGAUAAUCCAGAACUCUUAAAAGAUCCAUUUUACAUGGGCUUAUAUCAGAAACGAGAUCGUUCACAACGUUAUGAUGACCUGAUUGAUGAGUUUAUGAAAGCUAUUACUGACAGAUAUGGCCGGGACACACUUAUUCAGUUUGAAGACUUUGGAAAUCAUAAUGCAUUCAGGUUCUUGAGAAAAUAUCGAGAAAAAUAUUGUACCUUCAAUGAUGAUAUUCAAGGGACAGCUGCAGUAGCUCUAGCAGGUCUUCUUGCAGCACAAAAAGUUAUUAGUAAACCCAUCUCAGAACACAAAAUCUUAUUUCUUGGAGCAGGAGAGGCUGCUCUUGGAAUUGCAAAUCUUAUAGUUAUGUCUAUGGUAGAAAAUGGCCUUUCAGAAGAAGAGGCACAAAAGAAAAUCUGGAUGUUUGACAAGUACGGUUUAUUAGUUAAGGGGCGGAAGGCUAAAAUAGAUAGUCAUCAGGAACCAUUCGCUCACUCAGCUCCAGAGAACAUACCUGAUACUUUUGAAGAUGCAGUAAAUAUACUUAAGCCUUCAACUAUAAUUGGAGUUGCAGGUGCUGGCCGACUUUUUACUCCUGUUAUAAUCAAAUCGAUGGCCUCUAUCAAUGAAAGGCCUAUAAUAUUUGCAUUAAGUAAUCCAACAGCAAAGGCUGAGUGCACGGCUGAAGAAGCAUAUACGCUUACAGAGGGAAGAUGUCUGUUUGCCAGUGGCAGUCCUUUUGAGCCUGUGGAACUCAGAGAUGGGCGAGUCUUUACGCCAGGUCAAGGAAAUAAUGUGUACAUUUUUCCAGGUGUGGCUUUAGCUGUUAUUCUCUGUAAUACCCGGCAUAUUAGUGACAGUGUUUUCCUAGAAGCUGCAAAGGCACUGACAAGUCAAUUGACAGAUAAAGAACUAUCCCAAGGGAGACUUUACCCACCUCUUGCUAAUAUUCAGGAAGUUUCUGUUAACAUUGCUAUUAAAGUUGCAGAAUAUCUAUAUGCUAAUAAGAUGGCUUUCCGAUACCCAGAACCUGAAGACAAGGCCAAAUAUAUUAAAGAAAGAAUAUGGCGAAGUGACUAUGAUUGCAUGCUGCCAGAUGUGUACGAAUGGCCAGAAUCUGUAUCAAGCCCUCCCCUGAUAACAGAAUAGAAGCACUCCCACUGAUAAAUACUCUCCAUGCUUCAGGGACUCCUUUUUUAAGACAAAAAGAGAUGAUGUCCUCAGAUUUAUAGUGUUUGCUUUGUUUUAUUCUCCUCCAUCACUUUGUUUGACUUAUUUUUUUCCCAUGAAUCUACACAUCUGUUGGGGAUAGAUGUGUUGACUGUGUUGCAAAUGCCCACCAGUACUCUGCAAUCAAAUAACCAUAAUACUGUGAUUGUAAUUUGUAGCCCAUACCACAUCCAAGAGAUGUUAACAAUGUAUUUGUGAAUGUUUUCACUUAAUUUGUACUCUUAUUUGCACUUGCCGAAGUGCUAUUUGCUAUUUACUACUAUAUUAUAGGUAAUAAUUUUCUCUCACCCAAUUCUUUUAGGGCUUACUAAAAUAGAAAUUUACUUUUGUAUCUGUUUCAUUUUACUGUCGUGCUCAGAAAUUGCUUUAUAGUAGACAUGCCUAGGGAAAUAUGAAAAUUUUACCCUAUUUAUUUUCUAUAACUAAAUCAAGGCUUAACUGCAACAUGAGAAUACUGGGAAUUACUGCCUUUGCACAAAUAAAACAGUCACUGUUUUCAACAGUGUAUAAAAAUCAUAGAGUAACUUUUUUAUUUAAUAAAAGUUACAUCUUAAAUUUAA